AUGCGGUCUCAUAACCAAGGCCACGUUGAAGAACUACUCGAUUAUUGGUUGUUCAAUACCGACAGUUCAUCGCUUUUUUGCUGUUUGGCAGUCUCAGCGUUAACGAGAAUGAGACGAGCACGUCCAAAAUCGUAUGUCCUGGCUACAUCGACCAGUUUACCCGAGACCGCAUUUACCGUGAUGAUAGGCAGAGAGUUGUCAUCACUUGGAUCCUUGUCAUCAAUCGAUCGAUCGUCACGAUCCGCUCAAUCACACAAUCAGCCUCAGGGACAUCAUCGGAUCCAGAAGUUCAUUGCGCUAUUUAGCCAUCAGCUGCUCGGCGGUUCAAGAAUGGCUCCUUCUCUGCAGAAUGUCAGAUUAAUCCAAUUUAGAAAUUCACGGACAUCGGCCGAGCUGGCAUUGGGAAAGACCGGCAAGCGACGUUCGUGGGACGAGUGCUGGGCAGUUCUGAUUGAUCAAAGCCUCUAUCUGUGCCCACAUGAACCGAGGACAACAGUGGCAGAGAAGAGCGGUGAAAAGCUCAUUCAUCUUCCACCAUGUGCUCGUGUGGACGUGCACUCGUCAAUCAUCGACAUUGCGUACGAAUGGCUGGCAAUGAGCAGGACAAAGCACGUCAUCCGACUGAUCACUCAGACCCGAGCCGAGCACCUUUUUGAAUUGAAUAGUGAAGCUGACAUGCUGUCGUGGAUUGCCACACUUCAAUCAUGUGCUGAAGGCACAAUGUCACCACAAAGCGAAACACCUGGUGAGUAA